GUUUCUUUCGGAGCAGAAAGGCAAGCGAAGAAGACAGAAGCCGCAGCAGUGCCAGAUAUCCAGGAAUUAAUCUUAUUUGGCCCAUAAAUUGUUCGUAACCUUUCUAAGUGAGAUAUGCCAAAUGAAAAAAGAAACGGCGGGUCUUCUCCAUUCUGAUAGUGUGGUCGAGAUAGACGCUGAGGGCAGCCUGCCGCCAUGUACGCUGUGCACAGGCAGGCCCACACGCCCACCGCCGUGGAGUUCUCUGUCUACUGCAACUUCAUUUCCAGCCAGGAGAAGAAUCUCGUAGUCGCGGGGACAUCGCAGCUUUUUGUCUACAGGAUUAUUCACGAUGUCGAGAGCACAUCAAAGACUGACAAGCCCUCAGAUGGUAAAGCUCGCAAGGAGAAACUGGAACAGGUGGCCUGUUUUUCACUCUUCGGCAACAUCAUGUCCAUGGCCAGCGUGCAGCUUAUAGGAUCCAGCAGGGAUGCGUUACUCCUCAGUUUUAAAGAUGCCAAGUUGUCUGUUGUGGAGUAUGACCCGGGGACACAUGACCUGAAGACCUUGUCUCUGCACUACUUUGAGGAGCCAGAGCUCAGAGAUGGCUUCGUACAGAACGUCCACAUUCCCAUUGUCCGCGUAGAUCCAGAGAACCGCUGCGCCGUGAUGCUCAUCUACGGCACAAAACUGGUGGUGCUGCCCUUCCGGAAGGACACGCUGACUGACGAGCAGGAGGGCGGAGUGGGAGAUGGACCCAAAUCCAGCUUCCUACCGAGUUAUAUCAUCGACGUCCGUGAACUGGACGAGAAGCUGCUCAACAUCAUUGACAUGAAGUUCCUCCACGGCUACUACGAGCCCACCUUGCUCAUCCUGUUUGAGCCCAACCAAACGUGGCCUGGGCGUGUAGCCGUGCGUCAGGACACGUGCAGCAUUGUCGCCAUCUCUCUCAACAUCAUGCAGAAGGUCCACCCGGUCAUCUGGUCCCUCAUCAAUCUGCCGUUCGACUGCACGCAGGUCAUGGCAGUCCCCAAGCCCAUCGGUGGUGUGGUGGUUUUUGCUGUGAACUCACUUCUAUAUCUGAACCAGAGUGUUCCACCGUAUGGAGUUUCCCUUAAUUCCCAGACAAACGGGACCACAGCGUUCCCCCUGCGCAUACAAGAGGAAGUAAAGAUCACCCUGGACUGCUCCCAGUCAGACUUUAUUGCCCAUGACAAGAUGGUUAUCUCUUUGAAAGGAGGAGAAAUUUAUGUGUUGACACUCAUCACUGACGGCAUGAGGAGCGUGCGGGACUUCCAUUUUGACAAAGCAGCAGCCAGCGUCCUGACAACCUGUAUGGUUACCAUGGAGCCUGGUUACCUCUUCCUGGGUUCCCGCUUGGGCAACUCACUGCUGCUGAAGUACACAGAAAAGCUGCAGGAGGCGCCACCAGACGAGGUCAAACAAAAGCAGGACCAAGAGAGAGAAAAAGACAAGGAGGAACCACCAAAUAAAAAGAAGAGAGUCGAGUCUUCCAGCAACUGGACGGAUGAAGUGGACGAGAUUGAAGUGUAUGGAAGUGAGGCUCAGUCAGGCACCCAGCUGGCCACAUACUCCUUUGAGGUGUGUGAUAGCAUACUGAACAUUGGGCCGUGUGCUAACGCCUCCAUGGGUGAACCUGCAUUCCUAUCAGAAGAGUUCCAGGCCAACACGGAGCCUGACCUGGAAGUGGUGGUGUGCUCCGGCUUCGGGAAGAACGGGGCGCUGUCGGUACUUCAGAGGAGCAUCAGACCCCAAGUUGUCACCACCUUCGAGUUGCCCGGUUGCCACGACAUGUGGACGGUCAUCUCGAGUGAAGUGAAGGAAAAAGCAGGAAAAAGUGAUGAGUCAGAUGUGGGUGAGAAGGAGAUGGCUGAGGAUAAGGAAGAGGGAGAAAAGGAGAAAGAGGAGGGGAAAAAAGAAGAAGAGCAGAAAAAAGAGCCACCCCUGGAGGAUGAUGCCAAGAAGCACGGGUUCCUCAUCUUGAGCCGAGAGGAUUCAACCAUGAUUCUGCAGACUGGCCAGGAGAUCAUGGAGCUAGACACCAGUGGUUUUGCUACUCAGGGAACCACCGUGUUUGCGGGGAACAUCGGUGACAACAAAUACAUCAUCCAGGUCUCCCCCAUGGGCAUCAGGCUGCUGGAAGGAGUGACUCAACUCCACUUCAUCCCAGUGGACCUGGGCACUCCCAUAGUGUACUGCUCUGUGGCGGACCCCUACGUGGUCAUCAUGACGGCCGACGGACAGGUCACCAUGUUUGUGUUGAAGACCGACUCGUACAUGGGGAAGACGCAGCGGCUCUCCCUGCGAAAACCACAGAUCUCCACCCAAUCACGGGUGAUAGCGCUUUGUGCCUACCGAGACGUGAGCGGAAUGUUCACCACAGAGAACAGAGUGAGCUGUCCCGUUGUGGGGGACACAAGCAUACGGAGUAUGUCUGAAGUGGAGACGGUCAUCCAGGACCUCAGUAAUGCAGUGGACGAUGAGGAGGAAAUGCUGUACGGAGACUCGAGUACCAGCGCAGCGCCCCAGAAGGAGGAAAUGAAUCGCUCUUCAGGACAAGCGGGGCCCUCUGGAAGCGAGGGGAGCGCAGUCAAAGCCGAGCCCACCCACUGGUGUAUGAUCGUGCGGGAAAAUGGCGUCAUGGAGAUUUACCAGCUCCCAGACUGGAGAUUGGUCUUCCUGGUGAAGAACUUCCCCGUCGGUCAGAGGGUGCUUGUGGACAGCUCGUCGGGCCAAUCAGCAGCACAGGGAGAAGGGAAGAAGGAGGAAGUGACACGUCAGGGAGACAUGCCCUUGGUCAAGGAGGUGACUUUGGUUUCUCUCGGUAACAAUCGCAGCCGGCCAUAUUUACUAGUCCACGUGGAACAGGAGCUUCUCAUCUAUGAAGCCUUCCACUAUGAUCAGCAGCAACCUCAAAAUAACCUCAAAGUGCGCUUCAAAAAGGUUCCCCACAACAUCAACUUCCGAGAGAAGAAAUCCAAAAUUAAGAGAGAUAAGAAGGCAGAAGGAGGCCCCAGCGAUGACAAUGUGGCCAAAAGUCGGAUUGCGAGGUUUAGAUACUUUGAAGACAUCUCUGGAUACUCGGGGGUGUUCAUCUGCGGGCCCUCCCCUCACUGGAUGCUGGUCACCUCACGGGGCGCCUUGAGACUGCACCCCAUGUCCAUCGAUGGUGCCAUUGAGUCAUUCUCCCCCUUCCACAACAUAAACUGCCCUAAAGGUUUCCUCUACUUCAACAAGCAGGGGGAGUUAAGGAUCAGCGUCCUGCCCACCUACUUGUCCUACGACGCCCCGUGGCCAGUGAGAAAGAUCCCACUGAGGUGCACCGUCCACUAUGUCUCCUACCACGUGGAAACCAAGGUGUAUGCGGUGUGCACCAGCGUGAAAGAGCCGUGCACGCGCAUCCCCAGGAUGACCGGAGAGGAGAAAGAGUUUGAAACCAUCGAGCGAGACGAGCGCUACAUUAACCCACAGCAGGAGAGGUUUUCCAUCCAGCUCAUCUCACCGGUUAGCUGGGAGACCAUUCCCAACACACGGAUUGACCUGGAGGAGUGGGAGCAUGUGACCUGCAUGAAGACUGUGGCACUGAGGAGUCAGGAGACGGUGUCGGGCCUGAAGGGCUACGUCGCCGCCGGGACCUGCGUAUUGCAGGGGGAGGAGGUCACCUGCAGGGGGAGAAUUUUGAUCCUGGAUGUGAUUGAAGUGGUGCCCGAGCCAGGUCAACCCCUCACUAAGAACAAGUUUAAAAUGCUCUAUGAGAAGGAGCAGAAAGGACCUGUGACAGCACUGUGUCACUGCAACGGAUACUUGGUGUCAGCCAUUGGACAGAAGAUCUUUCUGUGGGUUCUGAAGGACAACGACCUGACCGGUAUGGCCUUCAUCGACACGCAGCUCUACAUCCACCAGAUGUUCAGCAUCAAGAACUUUAUCCUGGCUGCCGACCUAAUGAAGAGCGUCUCGCUGCUGCGCUACCAGGAGACGAGCAAGACUCUGUCGCUCGUCAGCAGGGAUGCCAAGCCCUUGGAGGUGUACAGCAUUGAGUUCAUGGUGGAUAACAACCAGCUUGGAUUCCUGGUGUCGGAUCGUGACAAGAACCUUUAUGUCUACAUGUAUUUACCUGAAGCUAAGGAGAGCUUCGGAGGAAUGCGUCUGCUGAGGCGAGCAGACUUCAGCGUGGGCGCCCACAUCAACACGUUCUGGCGUAUGCCGUGCAGAGGGGCUAUGGACACAAGCAGCAAAAAGUCUCUGACAUGGGACAACAAGCACAUCACGUGGUUUGCAACACUGGACGGCGGGAUCGGGUUGCUGCUCCCCAUGCAGGAGAAGACGUACCGACGACUUCUCAUGUUGCAGAAUGCUCUCAACACCUUAUUGCCUCAUCACGCCGGUCUAAACCCGAAAGCUUUCAGGAUGAUGCACUUUGAACGACGAGGCCUGCAGAACGCUGUUCGAAACAUCCUGGAUGGAGAACUCCUCAACAAGUUCUUAUAUCUCAGCAUGAUGGAGCGCAGUGAGCUGGCCAAAAAGAUUGGUACCACUCAAGACAUUAUUUUGGAUGACCUUCUGGAAAUUGACCGAGUAACAGCUCAUUUCUAAGAGCCACAUUUUAUACACUGCAUGAUGUUUUAUACCCAAUGGAGAAAGUCUUUGACUAUGCCCAAUUUUGAUUGUUUUUCUAGCUACUUCAGAUUAAUUUUUGUUAAAAAAAAAAAAGUCAGUAAAAUUCAUACAAAACAUG